GGCACUCGGACGCACAUUAUUAUGGGCCUUCUCCUCGCACUGCUGCCCGCGGCAGGCGCAGUAACGCCGCUGUCGACCGCCGUACCCGGCGGCGUCAUCGCUCCCAAGCUCUCCGUCCGGCCGCCUCUGCCAGAGGAGCGCGGCAAGGGCGGCAUACUCGCCGCGGCGCCUAUUUCGUGCAUGGAGACCAUCGCGCGCAUUCCCCGCGGGCUGGUGCUGGCUCCCUGCGACGCGGCGCGCGCCGCGGCCGCGGCGGGCGGCCGAGAUCCGACCUGGGCGUCGGAGCUUACGGCGGCCGCCCUGCUGGCGAUGCACGAGAGCGGAGCGGAGGAUGAGCAGGCGGCGGCUCUGAAGGAGUGGGUGAGCUCUUGGGAGGCGGGCGGAUGGGGCGACGGCGCAGACCUCGGCAACGACGAGGUCCGCUGGGGCCCGCGCGACGUCACAGGCAGCCUCUUGGCGACCGGCUCGGACAACGACGCGGCCAUCUACUCCAAGUUCCGCAUGCCGUGCCACCCGGUCGUGCACCGCGCGGGCCUCGGCCUCGCGGCGCUCACGCGGGCGGACAAGUCCGCCGCGCUCGCCGCGCUCCAGUGCCGCGGCUCCAACUUCCGCGCGAUGCAGGACCCGCUCGCUGCGCUGGUGGCGGCCCCUACUGCGCGGCAGACCGGCUCCCCCAACGAGAGGCGGCGGUGGGAUGUCGCCGACGCCCUCUCGCGCGUUCUCUCGCGCGCGACGACUCUCGAGGCGGGCGAGGGCGGCGGCGAGGUCUUUGCCGUCGUGCCGCUGCACGAGCGCCUCGCGCACUGCGGCGCGCGCGGCGAGAACACCAAGCUCGUCGGGAAGGACCCGGUGGGCAGGGAGGGCGGCGACGCCGACGUGCUGCUCGUGGCGACGCGCGACAUCGCCGAGGGCGAGGCUCUGACGCGGGACUACACGCGCGCGCCGCGCCUGCCCGGCGACACGAGCGACGGCCCGCUGCGGCUGCUCUUGCAGUUUGGCCUGCCGCCGGCUGCUUGGGUCCAGCCGGAUGAGUAGACAGAGGGGGGUGGGUGAGUUGCGGUUGCGGGUUGGCGCGAGAGAGACGUAAACAGCUACCGCACAGACGCGAGACGCUUGUGUUUCGCUUUAAAAAACGUACA